CGGCCGUUCCCGGUGACCGUCUCACCUCAAUCACCGGUCCUCAACCACUGAAUUUCAAUAUUCCGAUCAUUCCUACCUUUGUAAAUUGUAACUAAAAACUCAUGGAGACUCUGAGAGUACAAUUAUUGGCUGAAAAAGGUGAGAUCGCAGUACCAUCACAGUACGUACAACCACCGGAAACCAGACCACAAAUAGAAAAAACUAACGUCAAAGCAGCUGUACCAGUAAUCGAUCUCAGUUCACGAACGAACCUUCUCGAUGAACUGAAGAAAGCGUGCAAAGAAUGGGGAGCAUUUCAAGUGAUAAACCAUAAGGUUCCGAUUAGUUUGUUGGAUGAUAUGAGGCGUGUUGGUCGCACUUUUUUUGAAGGUCGCACAAUGGAAGAGAAGCUUAAGUAUUCUUGCGAUUCUGCUUCUCCUGCUUCUGAAGGAUAUGGCAGUCGCAUGCUUGUAGCAUCAAAUGACACGGUUUUGGAUUGGAGAGAUUAUUUCGAUCACCACACUUUGCCUUCAUCACGUCGCAAUCCUUCUCAUUGGCCCGAGUCUCCGGCCGAUUACAGAAAAGUUGUGGCAGAAUACAGCGAUCACAUGAAAGCUCUCGCACAGGAACUUCUUGGUUUAGUCUCUGAGAGUCUAGACUUGACAUGUCAGUGCAUAGAAAAUGUUGUUGGGGAGUUUUACCAAAAUAUCACUAUUAGUUACUAUCCACCCUGCCCUCAACCAGAGCUUACUCUUGGACUGCAAUCACAUUCUGACUUUGGUGCUAUUACACUUCUCAUCCAAGAUGACGUGGGGGGUCUUGAGGUUUUCAAUAAUGGAGAAUGGGUUUCUGUAAAUCCAAUGUCAAAUGCUAUCUGUGUGAUCUUAGCAGACCAAACUGAGAUCAUAACUAAUGGCGAGUACAAAAGUGCUCAACACCGGGCAGUGACGAAUGCUGGAAGAUCCAGACUCUCAGUUGCCACAUUCCAUGACCCUUCCAAGACCAGGCAAAUUUCUCCAGCUUUCCAUCCGCCUAGAUAUCGUCCAGUGAUUUAUGGCGACUAUGUCUCCUCAUGGUACACUAAAGGGCCAGAAGGGAAGAGGAACCUUGAUGCACUUCUACUUUAAUUGUUAUCUCUCUUUCUGCAAUUAUUCAUU